GCCUUACAAAAGCCGUUCGCUGGGGGCCGCAGUUACCGGGCCUGACUGCCGCUCCUCAACCGAAGGCGAUGGCGUCGUUCACCGUGAAGGCAUACCUUCUGGGCAAGGAAGACGCGGCCCGCGAGAUCCGCCGCUUCAGCUUCUGCUUCAGCCCCGAGCCCGAGGCGGAGGCCGAGGCGGGCCCCGGGCCCUGCGAACGGCUGCUGAGCCGGGUGGCCGCCCUGUUCCCCGCGCUGCGGCCGGGCAGCUUCCAGGCGCACUACCGCGACGAGGACGGAGACUUGGUUGCCUUUUCCAGUGAUGAGGAACUAACGAUGGCAAUGUGCUAUGUGAAGGAUGACAUCUUCCGCAUUUACAUUAAAGAGAGGAAGGAGUGUCGGCGGGACCACCGCCCACCAUGUGCACAGGAGGCACCCCGCAACAUGGUGCACCCCAAUGUGAUCUGCGAUGGUUGCAAUGGCCCGGUGGUGGGCACCCGGUACAAGUGCAGCGUCUGCCCUGACUACGACCUGUGCGCCAGCUGCGAGGGGAAGGGCAUGCACCGGGAGCACAGCAAGCUCGCCUUCCCCAGCCCCUUCGGGCUUCUCUCAGAGGGCUUCUCUCACAGCCGCUGGCUCCGGAAGCUGAAACACGGACACUUCGGAUGGCCUGGCUGGGAGAUGGGCUUGCCUGGGAACUGGAGCCCCCGUCCUCCUCGGGCCGGCGAUGCGAGCUCCAGCCCCGCAGCCCCACCGGCUUCUGAUCCAUCGGAGGACCCCAGUGUGAACUUCCUCAAGAACGUAGGGGAGAGCGUGGCAGCCGCCCUCAGCCCCCUGGGCAUCGAGGUGGAUAUCGACGUGGAGCACGGAGGGAAGAGAAGCCGCCUAACGCCAGUGUCCGCCAGCGGCACCCACGCGGAGGACAAGGGCAGCUCUUCUGACCCCAGUGCACCCGGCGGGGCCGCGGAAGGUGCCGUGCAGUCUCUGGCCGAGCAGAUGGACCAGAUAGCCCUGCAGCCGGGCGCACAGUCUGAGGAACAGAUGGAGUCGGAUAACUGCUCAGGAGGGGAUGAGGACUGGACUCACCUGUCUUCAAAAGAGGUGGACCCGUCCACAGGUGAACUCCAGUCCCUACAGAUGCCUCGCUCUGAAGGACCGGGCUCUCUGGACCCGUCCCAGGAAGGACCCACAGGACUGAAGGAAGCUGCCAUGUACCCUCAUCUGCCGCCAGAAGCCGACCCCCGGCUCAUCGAGUCGCUGUCCCAGAUGCUGUUCAUGGGGUUCUCUGACGAAGGCGGCUGGCUCACCAGGCUCCUGCAGGCCAAGAAUUACGACAUUGGGGCUGCCCUGGACGCCAUCCAGUAUUCAAAGCACCCACCGCCCUUGUGACACUUUGUGCUCCCUGUUUUCUGUCCCCGUUCUUGUCUCAUAGUUGUGUUGAGCUAGCAUAGAACCCCAGGCCUCAGGAAGGGCCAGUGUCUCUGCAUUCUUCUUUCGGAAUUGGGGGUGGCAAUGCAUGAAGCCAUUUAGGACAGUAGGACAAAUGACAUGAGGGAGUUCCAAAUGUGCUGAUGUCUAAAGAGCAUUUCCCAGCGUCACCUGGGGGAUGGCUCUCACAGCCAGGGUGGGCCUCGCCCCGCUGCCCUCCACCAGCCGGGGUCACGCCAGCCGGGGUCACGCCAGCCGGGGUCACACCAGCAGUCCAGGAUAGAUCCUGCCUAAUGGCCUUCUGCUUUUUUUUAAUGACUAAUAGUGCACUGACACGUAGCUGAUUUUCUGCUGGAGACCUGAUCUGCUCGAGUUUGCGGGAACACAGCCACCACCCUGCCCGGGAGGAGGCCGCCCGGGGGCGCCUGGGAGGCAGGACAGCUCAGGGCGGGGCUUCGCAUCUGGCAACAGGAAGGGCUGACGGAACCGAUGGUGGUCUUUGACCUCUGCCUAUUUCAUAACCAUUAUAGUUCUCUCGUUUCCACAUGUGUCACCUGCUUUUAAAGGAAGAAUAUCCCUUUGUAGCCAUUCUGUUAGGAUAUUUGUAAACCACCUGUAAUUAAAUGGCAUAAGCACUUUACUCAAA